CUCUCAAGAAAUUGAACCAUCCUUACGUCGGAGCACACGUCAUCGUCGCGUUGUAAACCAACAGGGCUACAUCCCGACUGUUGAGGCGGUGCCACUUCGCGGUGAUAUUCCUCUGAGGGACGUGUCAUCACCAAAAAGAUCGUAUCAGUUUUCAUUACCUUCCCUUCUCCGGGAAAAAAAACAGAGAGAGAAAUCCGGUUAUAAUAUUCAAGCUUUGGAGUUGGCUAUUCAAGAUAAUAUGUUAGAUGAAGUGAUGGAAGAUCCAUUUGAUUAUAAUCGCUCAGAAAUCUCCGCCUCCAUAUGGGAAGAAAAUACAAAGUUCGAGCAUUUACAGCAAAUCUUCGAAGAAGACGACAUGAUGGACCCUGAUCAUUAUGUGGAAUUCUUUGAAAACAGUAGUAAAUUGGAUUCGCAUAGACCAUCUUUGCGAACACCCCGGAUGGCAAAGAACAGUGCGUUUUUACUAAUAUCCUUGGCCGUUUCUGACGACGAAAGGCUAAGGGAUAUUUUGUGUAGUCAUUGGAUUCCUCAACAAUAUGAGAUGGGGUUAGACCUAUCACCCCAGGUUAUCGCAUGGCUCCUUCAGUUAGUGGCCUUUGAACAAGACGCGGUCAUAGUGGAAGGUGCUUCCCAGAAUUUGAAGCGGUUAACGGAGAUCAGCGUAAAUGUUGAUUGUUGUCAAAUAAGACGAGCAAUAAUUGUCAUUCUUCGAUUGUCUCUGGAUAGCCGUCUGACGUCGAUUUCCGGUGAAGUGGAAAAAGUGAUUGAUUCGCUUUUACAGAGCAUUCACGAGGAUGAUUGGAAUUCCCAGGUAAAACUCGUCUGCGAAGACAUAAUUUCAACUUGUCGAAACGAUACGCAAUUUAAGGUUGCCAUAUUGGAAAAUCUACCCGCCUCAAGUCGAGGGAGAUUGGUUCGACGGCUCCUGUCCUUUUACUCUCUCUUUUCCUCCGUCGACUCAUCAAAUUUUAGUUUUGCCAAGAUCGACGUCUCAAAACCUCUAAAUUUAGAUCUGCUCUUGGACUUAUUUAGUGACGAAGUGACGAUCUUUAAGAUCCGUGGUGAUACAAAUUACAAGGAACUGUACCAUAACGUAAUAAUUUUAGGGUAUACGUUGGAUGACUCGAUACAGAUGUCUUCCGAGAAGGAUGUAGUGGAAAUAAUUAUAAGAAAUUUAAGAAAUUUACAUGGAAAAAUAGUGGACAUGCGAGCGGCUUUCAUGGAUAGAACAAAGAGAACCGAUCAUAAAAACAUGAGCGCGCGCUAUUUAUAUAAGAAUACCGAAAUACCAUUGGAGAGCUUCACCUCAAUCGGUGAUCCCGUAGAACACAAGUUACCGGCCGAAAGUUUUCUUGGUGAUUUUGAUUCAGAGGCAGUCGUUGAUGAGCUUGCAACCCAGGGAUCCGUGUAUCACUCGGAGACCGAUCAAGCGUGCUAUAUUGCGUGGAGGGUCAUAGAGUCUGGCUGUGUGUUAGAGUUGAGAAGGUUUCUGAUUCCUUCUCAGGGAGCGACCAUUAAUCAACCUGGAGCCUCCAGUUUACCUGUUCGCUUCAGAUUUUCGGCUGCCAUACUCCCUCACGUCACCUUUUUUACAGAUCCUGCAACACGUGUUUUGCGUUGUAUAGUAUUAAUAUCUUGUGGUGUCUUGUAUCGUUUGGAUUUACCACUUGGGACACUUUUCACAAAAAAUUUACCACCAAAUUUUUACAGACGUUUUAAAGUGAUGUUGCUUCAAGGGAAGACACCCUUUAUGGUACAUGCCGUGGAUUAUGACAACAUAGUGAUUAGUUCAAAAGAAGGGACCAUCAUAUAUCUGAAGCAUCAACCGAUGCCUCAUUUCAACGCUCUCGGAGCGAUCGAACAUACUAACGAAG